AUGGGUCCCUUACUUUUCAACACCUUGCUUUACUUUCUGAAGAUAGCAUCCGCCAACAUCUUUGAGUACCAGGCAGAAACCCAGCCUCUUCGACCUUGUGAACUUCAGAGGGAGAAAGCCUUUCAAGGAGGAGAAGACUAUGUUCCACAGUGCUCAACAGAAGGACAUUUCAGGAAUGUACAGUGCAAUAAGAAGACUGACAUUUGCUGGUGUGUAGAUGACAAAGGAGCUGAGGUUGCAGGAACCAAGCAGACGGGAUCUCCUACUGCUUGUUUAUCCUUCUGCCAGCUACAGAAGCAGCGAAUCCUGGUCAGCCGCUACAUCAAUAGCAGCCUCACUUCCUACAUCCCUCAGUGCCUGGAUUCUGGUGCUUUUGACACAAUCCAGUGUGAUGUACGCUUGGAACAGUGCUGGUGUGUGGAUGUUGAAGGCAUGGAGAUCUAUGGUACAAGACAGAAAGGGAAACCAAGACGAUGCCCUGGGAAAUGUGAAAUCCGAGAUCGGCGCAUUCUGCACGGUGUGGGAGAAAAGAGCCCACCCCAGUGCUCAGAUGAUGGGGAAUUUUUGCCUGUUCAGUGCAAGUUCAUCAACACUACAGACCGGAUGGUCUUUGAUCUUGUUCAUCAUUUCAACAGAUUCCCGGAUGUCUUUCGAACAUUUAGUUCUUUCAGGAGUGUCUUUCCAGAAAUCUCUGGCUACUGUUACUGUGCAGACAGUCUAGGGCGGGAACAAGAAGAUACAGGUCUGGAAAUGCUGCUUGAGAAUGUUUACGACACAGUUUUUGCAUCACUGGAGCAGGUCCCUACUUUUAGCGAAACUACGAUGUAUAGGAUCUUGCAGAGACGUUUUCUGGGAGUACAGCUGGCUACAACUGGACGAUUCAGAUGCCCAACCAAGUGUGAAAAAGAAAGAUUCACUGCCAUUCGUUUUGAAGAGAAUUAUAGGCCAUUAUGUGAUGACACAGGAGCCUAUGAGCCAACACAGUGUCAACUGGAUGGAGAGUGUUGGUGUGUGGACACUGAAGGACAGGAGCUCCCUGUAACACGAAGUAAAGGGCAGCGUCCAGCCUGUGGUGAACAACGUAGUUGUGUUGUUGAGAGACAACAGUCUCUGUCCAGGCUCUUUUAUGGCCCCAUUGGACAUUUCAGUCAACAGAGUUUCUUCUCUACUGUCCAAGAUUCACAAAAUACAGCUGUGUCCUCAAGAUCUUGUCCUCCUUCAUUCAAGGAGCUAUUUGUGGAUUCUGGACUGCUCUCUUCCAUCCUAGAAAAUCCAAGUUCUCAAAUCAUCACUUUUGAAUCCAUCCUUACUGAAGCAAUUGGAGGGAUGUUUCCUUCAAGAGAGCUCGCCCAGGUUGCUCUUCAGUUCACCAGCAACCCUAAGCGUUUCCAGGAAAAUCUUUUUGGAGGAAAGUUUCUGAAGAACCUCAUCCAGUUUAACUUCACAGGAGCCAUUGGCCCUAAUGGCAAGUUUAAUUUGGAUCAGUAUUUUCAGAAGAUAUUAGAGAUGAGAGGUGGUUUUUUUGAACUUGCUGAACUACUUUCCCUGGAAGAACCACAGAAGAAGUUCAAUCUGAGCCAGACUCUUGUAGACAGUUUUGGCCGCUCUGUCAACUUGCAGGACAAUCAAAACACAGUCAGGUUUCUAUCUUCCCUCCUUGAAGCCCCAGCAUUUUUCACAUUUCUGCAACAUUUGAUUUCUGUUCCAGAAAGUAUUGCCCAAGAUUUAGGUGAAGUUGCAAGCCUAGUGCUGAAAUCCAAAGGUUGCACAGAGCAGACCAAGGAUUUGUUUGUCCCAGCUUGCACAGAAGAAGGAAAAUACAAGGAAAUGCAAUGUUAUGCAGGGGAUUGCUGGUGUGUGGACCCGAGUGGCAAAGAAAUCCCUGGGACCAAAGUACGUGGGACACAGUUGAGGUGCCCAACAACCUGUGAAAAAGAAAGGGCAAGUCUACAGCAGUUGAAAAAUAGCCAGCCAGCAGGCUUUAAACUGUUUGUACCCUCAUGUACUCAAGAAGGACAGUUCUUGCCACUUCAGUGCCAUGGAAAGAAUUGUUUCUGUGUCAAUUCAGAAGGCAGGACUAUUCCAGGAAAAGAUACCAACACUGGAGGUCCCGUACAGUGUCCUAGUGACUGCCAACUAGCAGGUGGCCAGGCUUUUUUACAAGCUGUCCAGCAACUAUUGUCCGAUCCCACUGCUUUUCCUAAGCUGUCCAGUGUUUACAUCCCACAAUGUAGCCUAGAUGGUCAAUGGAAAGAGGUUCAAUGUAAUGGCCCUCCUGAACAAGUUUUUGAAUGGUAUCAAAGAUGGAUCACCCAGAAUAAUGAUGGCAGAACACUUCCAAUCCCUGACUUGUUAGACAGACUCCUUGACUAUAAGCAGAGAUCCCAGCAAAGCUUUGAAGACUUCAUCAGAAUUCUCUACCAAGAUGGUCACCAGAAGAUCUUCCCAGAGCUCUCCAAAUAUCCUUCCUUUGAUGCAGUUCCUCAAGACGUGCUGGAGGGCAAGACUUCAGUGGGUUCCUCACAAAACCUUUUGCUGGACCCAUUUACUUUCUGGCAGCUUCUUCAGUCAAAUCUCAUCCAUUAUCCAGGAUCAUAUGAGGAUUUUAGUAUCUCACUUGAGCAUUUUGACCUUCGUAAUUGUUGGUGUGUGGAUGAAAAGGGGCAAAUGCGAGGUGACAAAGCUGAUGUGAACAAGAUUCCAGAUUGUCCUGGAGAGUGUGAAGCAGCCAAGCAAGAAGCCCGGAGGUUUGUUGACAAAGUGGAGCAACUCAUCAAAGAGUCAAGCCGCUCUCAUUUUCCUUUUGGGCAGAGCUUUUUAAUGGCCAAAGUGGCCAUGCUCACAGACGACGAGCUUCUGAACAAUUUCUCCCAGUCAGGCAUCACAUUUUCAGAAGAGUUAUUGGCCGGGAGUGAUUACGCCAUUCGGCUGGCAGCACAAUCAACCUUGCAUUUCUAUUGGAAGAGUCUUUUUGCAUCCAAUGAUUCUGCAGGGGAGGCUGUGAGACUUGGAUUUCAGCCUUACAUCCCUCAAUGUGAUGGACUGGGGAACUGGGAACCUGUGCAGUGCUAUGAGAGCUCAGGUCAUUGCUGGUGUGUGGAUGAGAGAGGACGUUAUGUGGAGGACUCUCUUGUGGCACGUUCAUCACGGUUGCCCCAGUGUCAGACACCAUGUCAGCGCUCCCAAGCAAAUGCAUUGAUUUCCAGCUGGAAACCAAAUGGACUGAAGACUAAUGGUGCUUCAGAAGAUCUGUUUACACCAGCCUGCCUAGAGACUGGUGAAUAUGCUGGUGUACAGAAAUCAGACACACGGGCCUGGUGUGUUGAUCCUGUAUCAGGGGAAGUUCUUCAGCAAAGCAGCACUGAUUCAAACCGCGGACCUCAGUGUCUUGGUUCAUGCAACCUGGUGAGAUCCAAAGCUCUCUUGAGGGAAACUGGUGGAGGGAACAUCCCUCAGUGUGAAGCUGAAACUGGAUCCUUCUCACCUGAGCAAUGCAGCGAGGACCAGGAAAGCUGUUGGUGUGUCUUUGAGAAUGGAGAAGAGGCUCCGGGGACAAGAGUCACUGGCAAGCGGCCUUCAUGUGAACGUCCUCAAUGUCCCUUGCCUUUUGACGCCCCUCAAGUGAUUAAUGGUGGUGUUUUUUGCAAUGUCUCGGCCACAAAUCCAAAGAUCCAACACUGCCAACUGAUCUGCUCUAUGGGCUUCCAGAAUGUCUUUUUAGACAGCAAAAUGUUGCUGUGUGAUAUGGAGAAUCAACUUUGGAUAGGAAAUCCACCCCAUUCUCAAUCCUGUCAGAGAAUCCAGCCAUUCCAGAGUGUUCAAACGCAAACACAAUUUCAGCUCCUUCUGCCUCCUGAGAAAGCCUGCAGUCCAGACUACUCUGGCUUGCUGGAGGCAUUCCAGAUCUUCAUUUUGGAUGAAAUGAAGGCUCGCGGCUUUUGCCACAUUCAGGUAAAUACUUUUGAGCACCUGAUACCAGUUCCUGUCUGUGGUAAUUCUGCUGUCCGGGUUCAGUGUUUGGCUGUGGAUCGUUUGGGGGUGAACGUCACGUGGCGAGCUUUGCUUGAGGAUGUUCCAGCAGCCUUGCUUCCUGAUUUGCACAACAUUGAAAAAGCAAUGGUUGGUGCAAAUCUCAUUGGUCGCUUUGAAGAGCUGAUCAGGAGUGGUGGUUUUGUUCUUCACUUGGACAACAAGCAAUUCCAAGCAGACACAUCCUUCCGUUUCUUCAGAAAUGAAGAUUUUGACAUAUCUCCCGAAGUUCAUCUAGAGUGUGGAAGUGGAUUCCAAAAAGUUUCAGCUGCUGAGGGAGUGCCCUCAAAUCUCCAAGGAUGUGUGGUCUGUCCUCCAGGCACCUCCUUCCAGAAUGACACCUGUGUUCCCUGUCCAUCUGGGUCCUAUCAAGAUGAAACUGGAAGCUCUUUCUGCAUCAAAUGUCCUCUUGGGAAAUCAACUGAGUCUACUGGAGCUUUCAGAUUUGAACAUUGUAUUACUGAUUGUCAGAUGGAUGAAAGAGAUGUGAAAUGCGAUGAAAAUGGGAAAUAUAAACCUUCCUACACAGACCCAACCACUAAAAAGUCCUUCUGCGUUGAUAGUUUUGGAGUGAAACUGGAGUGGACAGAAACGGAUAGCUCACUUACGGAUUCCCAGUGUUUAGUUCUCAGACAAUUUGAGAGGGUCCCAGCUUCCAAGCUUUCCUUCUCAACAGAAGAGGUGAAGAUAGUUGGAUCUGUAACCAUCCCAGGAGGACCUGAGAGUGCACUCCAACAGUGCAUUGCAGAGUGUGCGAAGGAUGAAGCAUGUGGAUUUCUCACAUUGUCUACUGCAAGGACAGACAUCCUGUGUGAGCUGUACAGUGCGAUGGAGAGCAAUUACAACUGUUCUGCUUCUGGACUGGUUCAGGGGACUUGGGAUAAUGCCGCCACCACUAGUGUUUCUCGUCUCAGCUGCAUGUUUAAAGUAAGAACCCAAGACCAGAAUGCUGUAAGAGUCUAUCUGAAAAAAGGACAAGAAUUCACAACAGCUGGAGUGAAGACCUUUGAGAUGACCGAUUUCCAGGAUGUUGUUUCUGGCGUGUACCGCAACCUGGUCCUCUCAGCAGCUGGUACAUCUUUGACUGAUGCUCAUCUCUUCUGCCGCCAGGCCUGCAGCCAAGACGCUUGCUGUGACGGAUUUAUCUUGAGCCAGAUUGUACUCGGUGAAGGUAGUGUCUUCUGUGCUCUCAUGAGCUACCCGGAUGCAUUAAUCUGCAAUGUUAAGAACUGGGAUGGAAGCUCUACACGAGGACAAGGAAAUAUGUGCCAAAGUGUAAAGUACAGCGAAGAAAAGAAAAAGUACAGAUUUAUCUUAGGAGGCCAAGUGCUCUCAACAACACCUGAGCUCAUAGAAGAUACUGAAGCUUCUCUUACCACAUUUCAGCGUGUUUAUCUAUGGAAAGAUUCAGCCAUGGAACUCUUUUCUCUGAUGGAAAGCAGCCAAAUACAGAUCGACCAGAGUCGUUCUCUACCAUCCCAAGAAUACUGGCUUUUCCAGCCCAGAUUCUCAGCAGAGGAGGCCCGUCUCUGGUGUCUUGCACGUUGUGUAGAGGAUGCCUUCUGUCAAUUGGCAGACAUCCCAAACAUCGCAGCUUCGGUGUUCUUCCCCUGCACCCUUUUCCCAGUGGCCCAAGUCUGUGACAAUCCCAUAAACAACAUCCCUGAGAACUGUAACAUCGUGUUGCCCCAGAAACCCAACAUCUUGUAUCAGAAAACAGUCUCUCUGGAAGGGAGUGUGAAGAAUUUUUACACCCGCUUACCAUUCCGAAAAAUGUCACAAAUUUCUGUGAUCAGCAAGACGGAUGUGUCUGGGAAAACUGUCUCCAAUGGGUUCUUUGACUGUGAACGCCUCUGUGAUGCUGAUCCUUGCUGUUCAGGCUUUGGACUCUUAAAUGCUUCUCAAGAGACAGGUGGCAAGGUCUUGUGCUUGACCCUGAACAGUUUGGGAAUCCAGGCUUGCAGCGAGGAACUCAGAAGCGACUGGCAGGUUUCAAAUUGUACGUCUCCGGAUACAGAAAUCAAGAUCCACCCCUUUGGCUGGUAUCAGAAAUCAGGGGACCAAACCUCAUCUAUCCCCAGCGUGUGUCCACCUGUUGUUCUACCUGAAAGGCAAGAAAAUGCAUCUUUGGACAAGUGGCAACGUGUUGAUGGGGCUGCUGUUCUCAUUGAUCCCUCCAUUUCCAAAUAUGAUGUUGUGCACAUCAGCCGCGAUGUCUCCAGUGACUUUGCCACCAUCCGAGACUUUUGCCUUACAGCAUGUUCAAAGGAAAAAUUAUGCAUGGUGACUACUCUUGAAAUACAGCCAUCAGCCAUACGAUGCAUGUUUUAUCCAGAAACACAGACUUGCUCAUUUGAUCUCCAAGGCCACCACUGUCGACUUUUGCUGAAGGAACCAGCUACAUAUAUCUAUCGCAGGCAAGAUGGGCUUGUGCCCUUUGCUGAAAUAGGUGAUGCCCCAUCUGUCUCCCUCCAAUCACAAGGAACUUUAUUGGGCACUUCUCAAGUUAUCCGAGUGGGUUCCAACUGGAAGAGAAUCACACAGUUCCUUGGGAUCCCAUAUGCAGCACCUCCAGUGGCGGAUGGCCGCUUCCAUCCACCACAGGCUUUCACUCCAGUAGAAAUGUGGAAUGCCACCAUGAUUCGGAAUAGUUGCUGGCAACCUGGGGAUGGUGAAGGCAUAUCUUCUUCUGUCAGUGAAGACUGCUUGUAUUUGAACAUCUACAUUCCAGAGAACAGUGGUGGAAAUCUACCAGUUCUGGUGUUCUUUCACAAUGGUGUGAGUGGCAUUGACCAACCAAGAAGGACAAUCAUUGAUGGAUCAUACUUAGCAGGAGUUGGAAAUAUUAUUGUUGUAACUGCAAAUUACAGAGUUGGAGUCUUUGGCUUUCUUAGUACUGGCUCCAGUGUGGCGAGAGGAAAUUGGGGGCUUUUGGACCAGGAAGCAGCUCUCAAAUGGACACAACAAAAUAUUGCAAGUUUUGGAGGUGAUCCUGAUCAAAUUGCAGUUGCAGCUGAAGGCAGUGGGGCAGAUAUCACCAGCAUUCACUUGCUUGCAAGCACCGCAGAUUCAUCACUCUUUAAGCGGAUGUUGCUGUUGGGAGGAUCUGCCUUCUCUCCGGUGUCAACGAUCAAUGAGAAGAAAGCAGGGGCACAGGCUGCUGUUUUGGCUCGUGAACUUGGCUGCCCUUCAGACAGCCCCGAAGGAACCGUAUCCUGCCUCCGCCGGUUGCCUGCCAAAGCUCUCAAUGAUGCACAAACAAGGCUUCUAGCUAUAAGUGGACCUUUCCAAUACUGGAGCCCAAUAGUGGAUGGAUCCUUCCUCCGAGAGUCUCUUGCAGGAGCUCUCCAACGGCCUCAAAGUUUGAAGAUAGAUCUGCUCAUUGGAAGUUCUCAACAAGAUGGCCUGAUCAGUCGAGCCAAGGCAAUUAAGCAAUUUGAAGAGAGCCAAGGUCGUGGCGACAGCAAAACAGCCUUCUACCAGGCUCUCCAGAACUCUUUGGGUGGAGAAGAUGCUGACCCCAUUGUGCAAGAUGCAGCCACUUGGUUUUAUUCCCUGCAGCACUCCUCCACUGAAUACGCCUCGUUCUCCAGAGCUUUGGAAAAUGCCACUCGGGACCACUUCAUCAUUUGCCCCACAAUUGACAUGGCCAAAUACUGGGUGGAUCAAGACCGAGGCAAUGUCUUCAUGUACCAUGUGCCAGAAAGCUCCUCUGUGGCCAGUUUAAGCCUAGAGUUCUUGCCUGAUGUCCAGUAUGCAUUUGGGCUGCCUUUCCAUCCUGAGUAUGAAAAUCGGUAUCCUCUAGAAGAAAAGACCCUCUCCUUAGCCAUAAUGCAGUAUUUUGCCAACUUUAUAAAAUCUGGAAACCCAAAUGGCCCUUAUAAAUUCUCCAGAAAAGUGGUUGGAAUUGCAUCCCCUUGGCCUAUGUUUCAAGCAGACGCUGGCAGAGACAAUUAUAAAGAAUUUACUGCUUCUUUGAAGAACCAGAAAGGGCUGAAAAAGGCAGAAUGUUCCUUCUGGUCUGAUUAUAUCAAAACACUCAAGAUGUCAGCAAGAUGCGGAAGAGAGCAGCCUGCCGUAAGCAAUCCCAGGGAUGAACCCGCUGAGGCAUCCUCUUCUAAAACGACUCCAAUGAAGCCCCCAGAAGACAAAGUGGCUUAUAGCAAAUAAAAUGCAGCACUUCCAUCUGGUUUUGGAUCUGGUUAUUGUGCCCCAAAUGGGUGAAUCAUCUAGUUGUAGCAUAAUGGCAUUUUUGUAUUCAAUUGCAUUGCUAUGAGAUAUGCUUUGUGUCAUAUGAGACAGGUGAAAUCCAAAAUGGUAUAGACAUGGUCCUGCCCAGUGAAUCAAAUCUGUUGAAUAUCAGAUUGUAAGCACACCACUCAA